AGCAACACAGACCUACAGUUCAAAAUGGCGGCGAUCGGAGGUCUGAGGAGAUUGUGUAGAAUCAGUUUAAAUGCGGUUUGCCGAAGCAAAGGACUGAAAGCCGCAAGCCUAUCCCAGUACAGAGCAUUCAGAGUCAAUGGAGUUAUGCACCAGCAGCCCUUCGACUCCCUCACGGAGAAGCCCCAGUUUCCUGGGGCAUCGGCAGACUUUGUGGAUCACCUGGAGUUCAUCCAGCCCAACGUGAUCGCAGGCAUCCCUGUGUACAGAGUGAUGGACAGACAGGGCCAGAUCAUGAACACGUCUGAGGACCCUCAGAUUCCAAAAGAGGAAGUGCUGAAUUUUUAUGAGAAGAUGACUCUCCUCAACACAAUGGACCGCAUCAUGUAUGAGUCGCAGAGACAGGGCCGCAUCUCGUUCUACAUGACGAACUAUGGUGAAGAGGGCACGCACGUGGGCAGUGCUGCAGCUCUCGACCCUAGCGACGUCGUCUUCGGCCAGUACAGAGAAGCAGGUGUGCUGAUGUAUCGCGGCUUCCCUCUGGACCUGUUUAUGGCGCAGUGCUACGCUAACAUGGAUGACCUGGGCAAGGGCCGACAGAUGCCUGUACACUACGGCAGCAAAGACCAUAACUUCGUCACCAUUUCCUCUCCGCUGGCUACUCAGAUUCCGCAAGCGGCGGGUACGGCAUACGCGAUUAAGCGGGAGAACACCAACCGUGUCGUCAUCUGCUACUUUGGGGAGGGCGCGGCCAGUGAGGGCGACGCCCACGCCGGGUUCAACUUCGCCGCCACCCUAGAGUGCCCCAUCAUCUUCUUCUGCCGCAACAAUGGAUACGCCAUCUCCACGCCCACCCACGAGCAGUACCGUGGUGAUGGAAUUGCGGCCCGCGGCCCCGGUUACGGCAUGAUGUCUAUCCGCGUGGACGGCAACGACGUGUUUGCCGUGUACAACGCCACCAAGGAAGCUCGCCGCCGAGCCAUCGCGGAGAACCAGCCCUUCCUCAUCGAAGCCAUGACUUACAGGAUCGGGCACCACAGCACGAGUGACGACAGCUCGGCCUACCGCUCCGUGGACGAGGUGAACUACUGGGACAAGCAGGACCACCCCAUCUCGCGGCUGCGACACUACAUGACCUCGCGCGGGUGGUGGGGCGAGGACGAGGAGCGCGCGUGGCGCAAGCAGUCGCGCAAGCUGGUGAUGGAGGCCUUCGAGAAGGCCGAGCGGCGGCUGAAGCCCCGGCCCGAGCUGCUCUUCACCGACGUGUACGAGGAGAUGCCCGUCCACCUGGGCAAGCAGCAGGACGGCUUCUGGAGGCACAUGCAGCAGUACCGAGAGCACUACCCCUUCGACCUCUACGACAAGUAAAGGCCUCGCCCACGCGGAGAGCCCUCUAGGAGGAGCAGGAGGAGGAGGUGCAGAUCAAGGGGGUGGUGGAGAAAGGCGAACAACGGUUAGCGAAGCGGGGGUUAGGAGAAGGGAAGGAAUUGUUCUGGGUUCUAGCACUUUCCAAGCACAUUUACUCAGUAUAGAAAUUCUUUGGGCUAUUCCGUGGUAACCAACAUUACAAAAGCAGCAUAUUUGCCUGGUGAAGUCCAAUAGAGCUGCAUAAGAAACCGACAGGGUUAUUUGCUGCUGACGGUUAUAGAAGCUUAUGUCUGUCUCUUAUGUGGCUGUAUAGAACUUUGUCACACAAAUAUCUGUCAGUUGUAACGUCGUGGAAUUGCUCCUUUUCAUUUAGACUUGAAUAGAUCCCUUUGCUUUCAAACGCACAGACCUGAGGGACGGUCGGUGGCAUUUUCUCUGGUUAAUGACUCUUAUUUUCAUUCUUUGGGGGUUUUUUUUUCUUUUUUUCUUUUUUUCUUUUUUCUUUUUAUUUAUUUUUCUUUUUUUUUUUUUGUGUGGGAAGGAUUUCUAUUUUCUCACUUUGGACAGAGAGGACCGACGAUGGCCACGUCCUCCCUCGGUGGCAUUCAGCACACUACAGUCGCUCUGACAGAGCGCUUAUCUCACCACUUCUUGUGAACGCUUCUGAAUAACACAUUUAAUCUAGUUUAAAUACCCUGUUCUCUAUAGCGCAGGCAUAGUGGAGCAGCACUGGGCUUUUAUCGAGUUCCAAUCAAGCCUUUCUCAAUCUGCAUUGAAGUCUACUGACAUGCUGUUACUGUAACUGGGUGAUAUGAUUAACAUGGCUCUAUAGGCCUGUGUGUGAAAAACAUUUUUUAAAAAUUAGCCUGUUACUCCCUGUCCAAACAUUCCUGAUGAGACUGCAUUAAAUCAAAUUAACUUUCAUGUAAUGGUGAAUGGUUAGAUGAUGACGAUAAUUGAGAUAAUAUUAUUAUAACCGUGACGGUUUAACUGCGUUAUGGGGCUGGUGGGUGGCUUAUUGUUGUAAGGCCACGCCCUAGGGCGGUGGGUUGGCAACCCUGAUUGUAGGGUGCCAGAGAUGUCCCUGAUUUUUGCUCCAUCAAAACCUAUACCUGUCUAAUUGGAUUAGUAGGGUUAACAUAAGUGCUGGAGGCAUUCAUCCAUUUCACCUUUCAGGUUCUGGGUAUUUUUCUCAAGCUCUAAAUAACUGAUCAAUCUCUUGAGAUCAGGCUUGGCUGGAAUGAAAACCAGGAACGUCACUGGCACUCUAGGACCAGGGCUGCACACUCCUGUCUUUGUGCAGAGGUCCAGAAUAGGCAACCUUGGUCCUCGAGUGCCACAGACGGUCCUGGUCUUUGCUCCAUCCAAACGUUUAACUACAUAAUUGGAUUCCUUUUCAUUCAGUUUAAUUAAUCAGCUGUAAUGAAUGCAGGCAACUCGGCUGUUCACCAUUCAGGAUAUUCAUGCUCAGAUUUUAGUCAUCCAUCAAACUCAGAUGGAACAAAAACCAGAACUGUCACUGGCAGUCCAGGACCAAGGUGGCCCAUCCCUGGCAUAGAUGGUUCCCAUAGUCUGGUGUUCUGGACUGUGCCACUGGGACCAGAAGGGAUGGGAGGUUUUCAUUCUACCAGGAGAAGAGCGUCUCAUCACACCCCCGUGUCCUCCGCUGGUCAAUUGGGCUGCCGCUAGUCGGCCUGUUGGGCUGCACUUGAAUCAUCACCCUCUGACUAAGGCCCGGAACAUGCCCUAAGCAAGUAAACCGAAAUGACCUCGGUAGGCCUACACCCUUAAAACGCAAGGUCUGGUUGCACAUACCCAAUGCCUGUCCUUGUCACUGUCAAGGUAAUAAUCGUCGAGUCCUCAAGGGGGCGAUCCAGGACAGUCUUGAGCAGAAAAAAAGCACUUCCGGUUUCUUCCUAUAGUGCCCCUUGCUGCAAAGCUUGACACUACAGCUUGCAUUUGCUGUGCAGUAAGAAUUUUGGGUGGCAUAUUUUGGAACCGAACGAGGUAUGAAAUUGAUUUAGCGUAGCUGGGAGCACCUGCUUUUGUAGGGUGUGUUUCAGGCCUUAUGGUAGUGUGAGGCCGACCUGCGGCCGUUUGGAAGGGAAGGCAUGAAGCCGUGCGUUUUGCACUCUCCCGCCAAUCGACAACGGAGGCUUCAGGGAACCAUGUACCAUGAGCUUGAUUGGGCUUUCUACAUUUGGGGUUUGCUGUAUAAAACGGUUACGUAUUAUAAAUAGUCAUAAACAGUUUUUUUGGUUCAAAAUUUCUUGAAGUGAGACAUCACGUUUGUGUUGAAAAGUGAUGUACUGUAGAGGAGAAUGACUGAUGAGGAGGGGGAGGGGGCCUAGUGACCCCCCUCUUUAUUUAUGGUCGAGAUUGUGUGCAUUUUUAUUGAUAACAGAUCUCAAACUCAAUUGUGAAUUCUCAGAACUGCGUGCAGCAAUAACUACUAUCUUGCAGUACAAUAUGCGUGUUGUGUAUACUGGAUCUCGGUGUGAAUUAGUUUAACUGGGAAAGAGGCAUUUUGUUUGUGUAAAAAAAACUUUUCCUGAAAGACAAUGGAAUCAAUGCCACACAACUGUGUUGAUGUCCUUUGGGGGGAGAAAUGAGGCAGAAGGUAAAAUUAAAUAAAGUAAAGCGAAAUCUUC